UGUCACAUAUUUAAUUUGCAGGUGGGGAAGAACUUGGAACACUUGAAGAUUCCUCUCACUCAUAUUCAAUUAGCAACCCAUGAUUUCUCAAAGGAAUACCUAAUUGUAAAGUUCUCGGGUGGCUGUGAUUUCUACAGAGCAGAACUCGAGCAUUAUGAUAAAGAGAAUCCAUCAUCCAAAACACAGAACACUGUACUUAUCAAGCGCUACCUUUUUGGAAGUAAGUGGUAUGGAGAAAAAGAGUUUCUCACAGAAAUAGAAAUUCUUUCUAGUGGAGUUAAGCAUCCCAACAUAGUCAAUCUGCUUGGAUUUUGUCUUGAAGAGUCUGAGAUGAUCCUUGUCAUUGACAAUUUUUCUAAUGGAUUUCUUGGUGAGUAUUUGGGAAACCUCACAGACAAACGUUUUUUGACUUGGGAAAAACGUUUGAAAAUAUGCAUUGAUGUUGCACACGCAUUGAAGUACAUUCACUAUGAGAUUGAAGACCAAAAGACAAUAAUAAACCGUGAUAUAAACUUCUUCAAUAUUGGGUUGGACGAGAAAGGGGGGGCAAAGAUUGUUCACUUUUGGUGGUCUGUAUUCCUGCCACCAUAUCAAGAAGACCAAGCUCUCUAUCUCAACUCGAUUGGAAGAGUGUGCUCCAUAGAUCCAGAAUAUGAGAAGACUAAGAAAUUAAAAAGAGAAUCAGAUGUUUAUAGUUUCGGCGUAGUUUUGUUUGAAACUCUGUGUGGGAGAUUAGCUGAUGACCCAAUUUACCUUAAGGAGAGUGACUUAGGGCUGGCCCAUGUAGCAAGACGAAGCUUCAGCGCAGGAUUACUAGAAGAGAUUAUAGAUCCUAUAAUAAAGGAAGAAAUUGGUGAAAACAAAUUUGUUCUAAAUAGAGGACCCAACAAGGAUUCUUUGCACACCUUUAUUACAAUUGCACACCAAUGUGUGGCGGAAACUCAAGAUCAGCGCCCAACAAUGAAAGUCGUAAUCAAGGAACUUGAGAAAGCAUUAUUCUUUCAAAACAACAACAAGGAUAACCCCAAAAUGUCACUUGAAGACAUAAAACGGGUGACACAAAACUUUCAUGAUGACAAUUUCAUCGGUGGGGGAGGAUUUGGUAAAGUCUAUAAAGGAAACCUUCAAGAUGGAGAUGGAUUUAAAACCAUUGUUGCAAAGCGAUUGGAUACAAGGUUUGGUCAAGGAGAACAACAAUUCUUUAGUGAGCUCCAAAUUCUUUUGGAUUAUAAACAUGAGAAUGUCGUUGGUCUUGUAGGCUACUGUGAUGAAAAUGAUGAAAAAGUCCUUAUCUAUGAGUAUUUGUACAGGGGAAGUCUUGAUAGGUAUUUGAAUGAUACUUCUAUUACAUGGGUGAAACGCCUUAAUAUAUGCAUUGAUGUUGCAAGAGCGUUGGAUUUCCUACACGGAGGAGUAGGAAAACAAGCAAAGGUGAUACAUAGGGACAUCAAAACUGAAAACAUCCAGUUAAACAAUGAUUGGAAAGCAAAACUGGCUGAUUUUGGGCUUUCGCUAAUAUGUUCAAUAAAUGAGGAAACAGACUAUAUCAUCAAUCAUGCAUGUGGCACAAAAGGAUACGUGGACCCACUUUAUAGACAAUCAGGAUUCCUAACCAUAGAAUCCGAUAUUUACUCGUUUGGUGUUGUUUUAUUUGAGAUUUUGUGCGGGAGAUCAACGUUUGCAAUUCACAAACAUGAGGGUCACUAUCUACCGGCAUUCAUUAAAAAAAACUUUGAAGAAGGAAAACAUGCUGAGGUGGUGUUCAAUCAAAUUAGGGAAGAGAUUCUGCCGAAAUCAUUGACUACAUUUCAAGAGAUUGCCUACCAAUGCCUACAUCUUGAACGAGAAAAAAGACCGACUACAAAAGAAGUUUUGAUAGAACUUAAGAAGGCAAUGGAAUUACAAGUAAGUUAAUCAUCAUAGUUUUAUGAAAGCUAACAAAGAUCA